UAAGAAUACGGAGAAAGUGCCAGGCGCGUGAAUAGACCGAAAAAGAAGUCCGAGAAAGAGAUAAAAGAGGAAAAAGGGAGGAGGAAGAGCGGGGGUUAGGUGUCCAGCUGAGAGCGAGUGGGAGCAGCGGGUCGGGAGGGACGGGCGCCGCUCGUCGCUAUUUUCGCUAUUUUCUCUCGAAAAUAAACGAAAUACAACGAAAUUUCAUGUUCUUUAAGUAGGAUAUUUUCCUAGAUUAUUUUUUCGUCUUUCUUAAUGGAGGGAAUGUUAUAAAUCGUAUAUAUGUGCGGUAAAUACAAGAUCGGCAAUUGUAGGACAUCCCAUUUAUAAUUAUAUUUUUAUUUGAAAUAAAAUUCUUGAUAAUUUGGUGUGCUAAUAUAAUGAGAAAAUUGUAGCAAUUAUUAUAUACGCCAUUUUUUUUCAACCAGAGUAGUUAAUAUAAGAAAAUCUGUUACUGGGAGAGUAGAAUAACGAUUUUGAAUGUAUUUUAUUAAUUAUAAAGUUAAUUUCUGAGAGUUAAGAAAAUAUUGCAUGGGAUAUUUCAUAUUGAUAAUGAGAUUAAAUGUUGUCUAUGAUGAUAUCAAUCUUAAUAUGAUACUCCCGAAUAGUUUCACAUCAACAAGUUUCUGUCUGAGGCAUUGGCCAGUCAGGAUCUUUGCGUAAUUAUCAAUUUAAAUAUCAGUUGCUUCCGACUGCAUUGUUACAAAUAGAACUGUUCUUUGAUGUCCUGUACACUGCAUUGAGUUUGUUUUGUUUGUUUUGUUUACCUAAAAGCAUUAUUAUCAAAUUUUAGACUUCUUGCUUCUUGCAGCUAGUCUCCAACUUGUACUAACCCCCCAACAACGACAUGAAUAACAACGGCACUUUAACAACACGUAUGAUGCCACCAUCACCAAAUAAAUCAAAAAGUGUUCACAAGUCAUCGGGAAAACUCUUCCGUCAUAAGGACAAGGAACGGUCUGGUAGUAGUGGAAGCAGCAGUGGAAGUAGUGGCAACAAUGGGAGCAGUAGUAGCAGCAGCAGUACCAGCAGCAACAGCAGCAGUAGCAGCUGCAACAACAGCAGUGGCAAAAGGGAUGAUCCAAUGGAACUCAAAGAUUGCCCGUUGACUCUACCCGUGGUUGGUGCCUUGGACCAUACCAGGUCAUUACCUCGUUACACAGCCUGUAUGAUGCCACCAUCACCAAAUAAAUCAAAAAGUGUUCACAAGUCAUCGGGAAAACUCUUCCGUCAUAAGGACAAGGAACGGUCUGGUAGUAGUGGAAGCAGCAGUGGAAGUAGUGGCAACAAUGGGACUAUAAUGAUCUAA